AAGAAGUUUCUGGAACCCAGCCGCUUUCCAAAUUCUGUCUCGGACUAGAGUCGGAACUCUCUACCACACUCCUCUCUUUUCUGCUCUCUCUUCCUUUAUAUAUUUAUACUUCUUUGCUUGUGUCUCAAUCCAAGAACCCUAACUCCUCAUUGAUCAAAUCCACGACGCGAUUACUCUGCCAUGGCGAUAAUCUCUGAUUUCGAAGAAGACCAGAAGGAGAUGAAGCCCUCCCCUUCACCAUCGUCCUCCGCCGUGACGGCGUCGUUUACCGCGACCUUCGACCCUUCCAAUCCCCUAGGGUUUUUGGAGAAAGCUGUCGACUUUGUUGCGCAUCAGAGCGAUUUUCUCGAGAAAGUGACCGCGGAGAAGGAGAUUUUGUCGGUAGUUCGAGCCGCGAAGGCGAGGAAGGCAUUGGAGAAGAAGAAGAUCAAGAUUGAGGAGGAGACGAAGAAUAUCAAGAUUGAGGAGGAGGCGAAGAAGGUAAAGAUUGAGGAGGUGGAGGAGAAGAAGCCGAAGGUGAGCCAAGUGCCGAAGAAGGAGGUUAAGAAGGAAGAGGGCAAGUCUCCAAUUGAAGUGGAUAAGGAGGGUAAUGGCGCCUUAGCUCCCAAUCGAGGCAAUGGCCUUGAUCUGGAGAAGUACUCGUGGACUCAAACCUUGCAAGAAGUUAAUGUAAAUGUUCCAGUGCCUGCUGGGACGAAAGCAAGGUUUCUUGUGUGUGAAAUCAAGAAGAACCAUCUAAAGGUUGGACUCAAAGGCCAGCCACCUAUAAUUGAGGGAGAGCUUUACCGAUCGAUCAAACCUGAUGAUUCUUACUGGAGCAUAGAGGAUCAGAGUGUUGUCUCUAUUCUUUUGACCAAGCAUGAUCAAAUGGAGUGGUGGAGAUUUUUGGUGAAAGGUGAUCCUGAAAUUGAUACUCAGAAGGUUGAACCUGAAACUAGCAAAUUGGCUGACUUGGAUCCGGAAACUCGACAAACUGUUGAAAAGAUGAUGUUCGAUCAGAGGCAGAAGACCAUGGGCCUGCCAACUAGUGAGGAAAUGCAGAAGCAAGAGCUUCUCAAGAAAUUCAUGACCGAGCAUCCGGAGUUGGACUUUUCAAAUGCCAAGUUAUCGUAAACGGACUAGAAUUUUGGACUUAUAUGGAACCACUUUUACUUCGGGGGAACUUUUGGAGCUUUUUGUCAGUUUUUGGGUGGUGCAGACCUGGGUUUUAACCUUUUAUCAUAUGCCAAGAUAUCAUAGACAGACUUAAAGUAUUGCUAUUUAUUUUUGUCAGUUUUAAGGUGGUGCAAACUUGGUUUUUUAACUUUUUAUCAUAUGCAGUCAUUUAUUUA